AUGCCUUCGUCACAACGCCCCUUCUUCCUCUCUUCCUUCAUCGCCGCCCUUCGGCAGCAGACUCCGCCCGCCCUCUCCGCCGCCUCCCAGCCCAAUAAGCACACGUCACCCUCCACGUCGAGUGCCUCCGCAGCUUCCGCCGCUCGGACCAUAUCUUCCUCCUCGGCGGCGCACGCCUCCACCCCGGCAUCCUCGCCGCCCUCCUCGUCGCCGCAGCAGCAGACCAGUGUCAUGAACCAGUUUUCGGGGGGCCGACACCAACACCAGAACCAGGCCCAGCCGCACCGCUCCGUACCGAUACCGGGGUCGGGGUCGCCUGGUCGCCGGCGUGGUAGCGACAGCAGUAGCGAAGGCUUCCGCGACGUUCUCGGAGCUGACAAGUGGUACAUCGGGGGCCGGACUGCCGGCGGCGAGGAGCGCUUCUUCAAGCUCGGCGUCGUAAAACGUGUGCGGAGCCAGGACCGCCUAAGCUUGGAUCGGCUGAGCCUAUGA